CUCUCUCUCUCAUCAAACUUCAACUCCCUCCCUUUCAAGUCAAUCUCUCUCUCUCUCCCCCCCUCCCUCCCUCCCUCCCUCCACCAAGUCACCAACCCUUCUCUGUCAUUCUGCCAUUCGGUUUCUGUUCCUUCCAAAUCUCUGUUGGUUCCGAAGGCAGUGCGAGCGAAAUGGCGAGCGGUAGCGCGGUGAACUUGGACGACGUGCCGUCGGUGGAUCUCAUGACUGAGCUCCUCCGCCGCCUCAAGUGCUCCUCCAAGCCCGACAAGCGCCUCAUCCUCAUCGGUCCCCCUGGCUCAGGUAAAGGUACUCAAUCGCCCCUAAUCAAGGAUGAGUACUGCCUGUGCCACUUGGCUACUGGUGAUAUGCUGAGAGCUGCUGUUGCUGCUAAGACCCCUCUUGGUAUCAAGGCCAAAGAAGCAAUGGACAAGGGAGAACUCGUCUCCGAUGACUUGGUUGUUGGCAUUAUUGAUGAGGCAAUGAAGAAACCUUCAUGUCAAAAGGGCUUUAUUCUUGAUGGUUUUCCAAGGACUGUGGUCCAAGCUCAGAAGCUUGACGAGAUGCUGGAAAAGCAGGGGGGUAAAGUUGAUAAGGUGCUCAACUUUGCUAUCGAUGAUACAAUUUUGGAGGAGAGGAUUACUGGUCGUUGGAUACACCCUUCAAGUGGCAGAACCUAUCACUCGAAGUUUGCACCUCCGAAGGUUCCCGGGAUUGAUGAUGUGACCGGAGAACCAUUGAUUCAGCGUAAGGAUGAUACUUCUGCUGUUCUCAAGUCUAGGCUGGAAGCUUUCCACAGGCAAACCGAACCAGUGAUUGAGUAUUACUCGAAAAAGGGGAUGGUUGCCAAUCUCCAUGCCGAGAAACCACCCAAGGAGGUCACAGUUGAGGUUCAGAAGGCGCUUUCUUCAUAAGAGCGUACCCAUCAACAAUUCUAAAACCUGUAGGAUUUUUGGUCCACUGAUUGGAUUCUGAUACGUUAAUGAAUCCGCGAGUGCUGGAUUCUCUUGAAUAUGUUUUCAAAUUUCAAAAUUGCGGCUGCUGUCAAACUUUUUGAGGGCUUAAUUUGCGAGAAUAAAGUUACUCAUAGAUUGACAUUAAAUUUAAACCUAUGGAAUGUUCGAGUUAUGACAAUGCGACUGCCCUUUUUCCUUC